AUAUUAAUAUUACAUUAAAGAUAACCUGUGUUUGUUUUUCUUAUUUCAGAUGACCUCUCAUGGUGAGGAUAUAUAAUAUAAAAUAUAAAUGCAGCACUUAAACUUAAAUUAAACCUUCAAUAUGUUAAUCAUAAUAAAAUAUUAAUAGUGAUGCCAUCAUUCUCUAACAAUUUAGUCUAAAUGAUUUAGACUAUUAAGAUUUUUUUGAUCUGUUUGAAUAAUAACUCAUUUAGGAUAUAUAGGCCUAUCAAUGUUUAAAUUGAAUUAAUGGAAUUUUAAGAUUCUUUUAAAUAAUACAAAUAAUUAGUUUCUGAUGAUUUGUUUUGUUUUAAUAGCUAUAACUGUACUUACAUUUAAUCAUAUGAAAACAAAAUCUCUCAUUUGACAGAAGGUGACGCUGAUGGUAUUGAGGUAAAAAUUAUUUUUCCUCAAGAGGAGCACAAGAAACUUGAGGUAGUAAAUAUUACCGAUGUGAAUGGUGAUGACAUUACAGUAGAGGAGGUAAAAUUGAAACAGUAAUAUCUUUCAUAAUAUAAUCCAGGCAGGAUUUCAGAAAAAUGUGUAAAAUAAAUACAAAAGAUUUUACAUUCAUUGACUAUGCAAUAAAGUGAUGAAAAUAGAUGACGAAAAAUUAACUUGUUAGACUUAGAACACCUGUAAAUAUUUCCUUAAAAGAAUAUUUUAACAAUAAACUUAAAUGCUUUAUUAUCACUGUAUAAACAUUAAUGUUUUUGGAAAACUUAUGAUGGUAAUAUUGAGUGGCUUAAAUUAUUACUGUACAUUAUUUGAGCUAUUUGAUUGUGCAGAUGAAAAAUUGACAAGGUUGUGCAUUUACAAUAAUACACUGUUUUGAAAAAAAUUGAAAACAUGUAAUUUUUUCAUUUAAAUAGAAAAUUAAUAUUUACAUUUGUAGACUCUAUUUUCCUAAAGUAAUAAUUUAAGUAAUAAAGCCAACUCAUGGUAACCUCAAUUUUUUUUUCUAACAACAAAAAGGCAUUAAUUAUUUAUGCAAAAAAAAAAAAGACUUAAUAUUUUUAAUAUUAAAAAAAGUAAUACAACUGUUGAAUUUUUAUUAUAUAGGUGAAAAGACAGCUUCUUUUAACAAGGAAUAUACUGAAUUAUCAGCAAUAUGAAAUGUUGGGCGGAGAUGAAAGCAACUGUGAAAUACUGAAUGAUACAAGUUUGAUAACAAAUUACUCCAUGUAUCUAAUACCAAGCACAGGCUAUCUCACAUUCCAACUCAAGGAUUCGGUGUCAAAGACAUGAUCUUGGGGGGCAAGGGUUUCUUUUGUACGUAAUAAGAUUUACAUUUGUCCUAGUUAUGAUCAUUUCUUCUUUUACUAUACCGUUAUGACUCACUAUCAAUGUAUUGAUCAAUCUGACUCCUAUGUAUUUAGAGGGGCUUUGCAAUGUUUCUGUGAAUGGUAUUGAAGAGGAUAUUUUACUGGUUGCAAGGGCUACUCAGCGAAGGUAUCAUGCACUUGGGGUUGGAAGGUCUCAGAAAAUAGACACAAAAAUGUUGUCUCAAAUGUUUGUUCUGGAAGCUUGUUCCAGUUUCUGAUUGUCUUUGAUAGGAAUAAGCAUAAAAUAGCCUUACGUCCUUAAAUAAAAAAAUAAAAAAAAAUUAAAUGUGACAUUUUUUAUUGAUUAUAUUUGCCGCCUGGUUAAGGCAUUUAUAAUUGAUUUCUAAAAUAUUUUUUUUGGUUUAAUUUUAAUGUUUUUAGAUCUAAAUAUAUCAAAUUGUAAAUGUUUAAUUCAUAUUUUAUUGUAUGACCUUUAAAAUAAAAUUAAUACAUUUAAAAAAAAUAUUCUAAUGAUUUUUCAAACAACAUUAUUUUUAUUUAGGGAGUAAUAAGACGAGAGACUGCAUUGUUUA